AUGCCACGUGGCGCAGGCACCCGAAGCCCUCAAGGUUCCGAGCCAAAUUACCAGUGCUUGUUCUGCAACAAAUCGUUUGGCAAAGAAUCAACACGGAAGCGGCACUAUUACUACUGCCGCUCUAAGCUCUCUAAGCCCGUUGUUCCCCGUAGAAAGUCCUGUCUUGCGUGCAUCCGUGCGAAAACUCGUUGCAGCUUGGCCGAAAAUGCUGGCCAGAAGGCCUGCUUGAGAUGCACCGAGCGCGGCAUUGGUUGUGAAGGCAACAGUGCCGCGCAGCAACAUGUAGUAACGCGGUCGACAGACGGCGGCGGUAGAUCAGUCCAAGCCCUUGGAGCUCUCGAUCCGGUCGUGUGGGCAGAUACGACCUCAACCAUACUCGAUGGCUCAGAUGUAUCUCUGGAUAUUGCACAAAUCUCGAGCCUUGCACCGGUGUCUGACGAGAUCGCCACGAAUACUGCGCAAAUUGAAUUGCCUGAUUGGACUUUCGAUCCUGCUCUGCUCGAGCCCUUUGAAGUCAACCACCAACUCCCAGAUCCCACAGCCACUUCGAAUGCGCUGGACUACACUUCCCGAUUAUUUUCGUUCUCCACAAACCCUUCAAUUUCAAGGGCUUUGCAAGCACCUAGCACCUCUUUUAGUCUUCGAACCGCGAAUAACCUUACUCAACGAUCUCUGGGAUCUCUGAUGUUACGCAUACUCCGCCGCUAUCCCUUCAUGCUGUUGCGCAAAGAGACAUUUCCACCGUUUGUGAACCCACUUCUGUACUCCGGGUUGGAGACAGCAGAGGGACUACCAGAACAGGCUUUGAUCAAUGCUGUGAGCCUUGUGCAGAUGUUCAAGUCACGGACCGAAUCCAACAAAAGGUUUAUAUGGAGGCUUAUCAGGAUUGAGCAAGAGAGAAUCCUUAGUGAGCAUCAAAGCUGGGAUCGCUGGGAGCUUCUGGCUGCCUUCCAGGCACUUCUUGUUUAUUGCUUGCUGCGCCUGCUGGAUCCCGGGGUUGAGGACCCAGAUCUCGACAUGGCUCUUUUGAGAUCGGUUGUCGCUAGCGCGCUCUCUUGGUCAGUUGGAGGCCCAGAUGUUAUUGAACUUCCCGACGAUUCCACAUUGGCAUGGAAGGACUGGUCAUUCAACGAGUCGAGACGACGAACUGUUCUGAUAUUCCGUAUUAUAAACAUAGUGGUCGACAUCUCUCUCGCAGUUUCCUGUCGUCCGAUGGAUGGAUUCGUUCUCCUUCCCCUGCCUGGUAACGAGACUCUUUGGGAUGCUCAAGAAGUUGAGCUGUGGAGAUCAGAGUUCAAGAUGUACUUUGAAGAACGCACGAUAUAUGGGGUUUCCGAGAGUGGGUGCUUAAUCAGACUCCGACAGGACGCAGGCGGGAUUCAAUCGAGUACGGCAACUUGGGAAGAGUGGAGCGCUACUGUUGGAGACUUGGGAAAUCUCGUCAUGGUUGCCGGUUCCUUGAUAGAAGCAUUCAAUGUUGCUCCUUAG